AUGGCUGACUCCCAGCGCCGCCCCCGCGUCUUCUUUGACAUUGAGAUCGGUAAUCAGAAGGCUGGCCGUAUUUACCUUGAAUUGGUGGUUGUGCCUAAAACCGCAGAGAACUUCCGUGCGCUCUGCACGGGGGAGAAGGGCGUGGGAAAACAGGGAAAGCCCUUAAGUUUCAAGGGUUCGAUCUUCCACCGAGUGAUCAAGCAGUUUAUGAUCCAAGGUGGUGACUUCACCGCGUUCAAUGGCACUGGCGGCGAGUCGAUCUACGGCGAAAAAUUCCCCGAUGAGAACUUUGAACUGAAGCACGACCGUCCCUUCCUGCUUUCUAUGGCCAACUCCGGCCCCGGUACCAACGGUAGCCAGUUCUUCAUCACCACUGUCCCCACCCCUCAUUUGGACGGCAAGCACGUCGUUUUUGGCGAAGUUAUCAACGGAAAGAGUGUGGUGCGCCGGAUUGAAAACAUGUCCACUCAGGCGGACAAGCCGACUUCCGAUGUGACCAUCACAGACUGCGGUGAAAUUGAUGGCGAGGAAUACGAAAAUGCCGACAAGCAAGUUCCCGAUGCUACCGGUGACCCAUACGAGGAUUUUCCAGAUGAUCACCAAGGCGAACAGCUAAGCGCUCCUGUGUGCUUCAAAAUUUCUUCCGAACUCAAGAGCUUUGGAAAUGCCGCUUUCAAGGGUGGUAAUCUCCAAUUGGGCUUGGAAAAGUAUCAGAAGGGGUUGCGCUACUUGAAUGAGUUCCCGGAGCCGGACGAGGAAGAUCCUAAGGAGCUAGGUCCCCAGCUAAAGUCCCUGCGCUUCACUCUCCACUCCAACUCGUCCCUUUUGGCCAAUAAACUCGGGCAAUUCAGAAACGCCAAGUCCUGGGCCACAUAUGCCCUGGAAGUGGCCGAGGCUGCUGGUGCCAAAGAGAGUGACAAGGCCAAGGUUUACUACCGUCGUGCUAUCGCCCACCGCGGACUUAAAGAAGAGGACGAGGCCCUGAAGGAUCUGCAAACUGCCAUUGCCAUGGCCCCUACCGAUGCUGCCAUUGCCAAUGAAAUUACCAAGGCCAAGAAGGCCAUUAAGGACCGGGAAGCUCGCGAGAGAGCCACUGCUCAGAAGUUCUUCUCAUGA